ACCUGCGGCGCCGGCCCCGCCGCCUGGGCCCCGGGCCCGGCCCCUUCCGCGCCGCCCGGGCGAUGAGAAGCUGCUUCUGCGUGAGACGGAGCCGGAACCCGCCGCCGCCGCAGCCGCCGCCACCGCCGCCCCAGCGGGGAACAGAGCAAUCCGCCAUGCCUGAAGUCAAAGACCUUUCAGAAGCCUUGCCAGAGACGUCAAUGGAUCCCAUCACGGGAGUCGGGGUGGUGGCUUCUCGGAACCGAGCCCCGACAGGCUACGACGUAGUUGCACAGACAGCAGAUGGUGUGGAUGCUGACCUCUGGAAAGACGGCUUAUUUAAAUCCAAGGUUACCAGAUACCUGUGCUUCACAAGAUCAUUUUCCAAAGAAAAUAGCCAUUUAGGGAACGUGUUAGUGGACAUGAAGCUCAUCGACAUCAAGGACACGCUGCCUGUCGGCUUCAUCCCGAUUCAGGAGACGGUGGACACACAGGAAGUGGCUUUUAGGAAGAAGAGGCUGUGCAUUAAAUUCAUCCCACGGGAUUCAACCGAAGCUGCCAUUUGUGACAUUCGGGUCAUGGGCCGGACCAAGCAGGCCCCUCCUCAGUACACGUUCAUUGGGGAGUUGAACAGCAUGGGGAUGUGGUAUCGAAUGGGCAGAGUACCAAGAAAUCAUGACUCAUCUCAACCCACGACGCCUUCCCAGUCAUCAGCUGCUUCCACCCCAGCCCCCAACCUUCCCAGGCACGUCUCUCUCACGCUCCCUGCUACCUUCCGAGGCAGGAACAGCACUCGGGCUGACUAUGAGUGCCAACUCUCCAAUCUGUAUGCCAUAUCAGCAAUGGAUGGUGUGCCAUUUAUGAUUUCAGAGAAGUUUUCUUGUGUUCCAGAAAGUAUGCAGCCCUUUGAUCUCUUGGGAAUCACCAUCAAAUCUCUGGCAGAAAUUGAAAAAGAGUCGAAACCUUGGACGCCUAAUGACACAUUUCUGUCCAGGAAGAAAUCUGAACUCUGAAACCGAACUUGAUUAAACCCCAAACUGCGAGACCUUGCCCACUGGGACCGCUCGGGGACUUUGACUUCUGGGUGUCAGAGCUUAAUUAAAAUAUUCAGCCAGCUGCUCUCCCCUCGCCAAGGGGGCCCAGAGGAAUUAAACCAAUAAGGCUAAUUCUAUUAGUUCACCUGCCUGUGUACACAGAGAUGCGGAAGACCAUUUACGGGUUCAGAAAAAAAGCACCAGACCCACCCUGCAGAUUCAGCGUGGGCCGUCACUGCAUCAGCGAAACGGCCCCCUAAACAGAGUUCCACGUAACACUCAGGAGUCUCAGCUCCUGGCCCUAAACACACGCAGAUAUUUUUAAAUUCUCUUUCAAGAAAACGAAAAUGCCAAGCAAGCCACUGUAAGGAUUUACGAGUGUGUGUUAUGAUUUAUUUAUAUGUCGUCUAUAACACGUAACGUUGACUGAAUUCUCUGUGCCGCUGGGCUGAGCCUUUCCCAUUCACGUCUCAAGGAAAUCUUCACUUCCACUCUGUGAAGUAAACACCAUUACUAUCCCCACUUGACAGAUGAGGAAACUGAGGCUCCGUGAGACGAAGUGGCUUGAAGCCCAGAAUUCUCAGACCACAGAGUCUGAGCUCCUAACCCCUAAUAUAAUGACGACUUUCCUGACAUCUUGAUCUUUGUUUUAAAUUUUAAUUAUUUUAUAUCUGCCCCCCCCACACACAGUAUAAAAUUCAGAAGGUAGAGAGGCUGUAAAGGGGAAAGUCAGCCUUGCUCUCACCCUUCCGCAGUCUCCUGGUCCCUUCCCCAAAGCAGUCACUUUGGACAGUUUCUAAUGUCUCCUUCCAGAGUUGAGGCUUAUUCCAACAAAUACGUGUAUAUUUCCUUUUUUAAAAACACAUAUGGGGACUUCCCCGGCGGUCCAGUGGUUAAGAAUCCACGCUUCCACUGCAGGGGGUGUGGGUUCGAUCGCUGGUCAGGGAACUAAGAUCCCACAUGCCGCAUGGCCAAAAAAAUAAAAAAUUAAAAAAUUUUAAAUAAAUAAAUAAAAAUUAAAAACCACAUACAGAGCAUAGCAGGUACGUAAUUCUGCAGCUUGCUUUUCUCAUUUCCUAAUACAUCUUGGAGAGUUCUCCAUCUCAUGCCUUUUAAGACGGCAAUGCCAUAGCACAGGAAACUAUAUUCAAUAUCUUGUAAUAGGGCUUCCCUGGUGACGCAGUGGUUGAGAGUCUGCCUGCCAAUGCAGGGGACACGGGUUCGAGCCCUGGUCUGGGAGGAUCCCACACGCCGCGGAGCAACUAGGCCCGUGAGCCACAACUACUGAGCCUGCGCGCCACAACAAGAGAGGCCGCGACAGUGAGAGGCCCGCGCACCGCGAUGAAGAGCGGCCCCCGCUCGCCGCAACUAGAGAAAGCCCUAGCGCAGAAACGAAGACCCAA